UGUGAGAUAAGUGAAAUAAACUCAUUUACUAACGAUGUAUGGAGCAAAAAUGAAUUGAAACAAGGAAUUGUUGGUGAGACUAUCAAAAACUAUGAAUUUUUAAAGGGACUUAAUAGAAGAUCUUUCUUGUAACUUAUGAACAAUAAGACAGAAUACAAGAUUCAAUGCUUUUUAAUGUGUCUAAAGCUUUAGUUGAUCAAGAAUAAAGAAAUAGAAUAAAUUUAUUGACUUACUUUGAUUGAAAAUCUUCUAUUGAAAAGUUUCGAUUUGUUUAAAUUAUUUCACAAUAUAAUCUAAUUUUGUUUAACAAAAAUCAUAUAUAAAAUCUUCAAAUGUCAAAUAAUUAUAUUAUAAUACAUCAAUAUAAAUAGUUUUAAGAUAUAAAUGUUAUCUUUAAACGACAAUAAUAAUAAAUAUAAAUUUUCUUCUUGCCAACGUCUACUAAUUUUUUCUGAAGAAAUAUUUAUUCUUCGUGUAUAUGUUCGAUAUUAUAUAAAAUAUGUACAUCGACAUUUCAUCAAAUUAAUUAUUGUUUUUGCUCGUAUGCAUCAAAUAGCGCAUGUAAUAUUAUUUACGUCACAAUUUUUAUUCAGAACUAUUGCAUUUUUUUUAUAGGAAUGUAAAUAGACUAAUGAAACGCUCUAAUUAAGUCACGAUCUUCAUUUCAUCACAAUAUUGAGUUGAUUUUGUAAAUCGAUACAAAAACUUUUCUAUAUGUUUCUUUGUAUUUUGACUACAUUAUUAUCAACAAGUCUAUUUAACGCAGAAUGUCAUAAUUUUUUAUCGCUUAUUUGUUUAGUAAUUAUUCAUAUUUAACACUUAUAGUAUGAUGAAUGAUUUUCAAUUUUUUUUAUGACAUAGAAAAAUAUAAAAAUAUCUACCAAUGUCGAAAGCCUAAUUAUGAUUGUAUACAAUCAAAAUCGAAGCUUAAUUAUGAAUUUAAUCGGAAACAAUCGUAAUAAUGAUUCAAAUUUUUUUCGAAAUAAAAAAAACAACAUUAACUUGACAGAUAGUUGAAAUUUAACUUAAGUUAAAGUAUUUGCUCAUUCGAAUAACUAAUGACAUCUAUCAUGUGAUAUAAAAUAGCAUUUUAAUCAUUGGAAGAAGAAUAUUUCAGUAGAAUUGAACGUCGAAUAUUUCUUCUUUUUCCUUGGAUUAGUUAAAUAAUAGGUUAAAGAAUAUCAUUACAGAUGAAACACAACGAUGUCAUCCGACAGCUCGUAUUCAAUCGUCAAGACGAUUAACAAGUUUAGCAACUACUGUCGAUUCAGAUACAUUAUUUCCUAUGGCACCUCGUUUUCAUCGAAUCGUACGUAAAAUACGACGAGAUGAAUCCGAGAUUAGUCCAUGUAUUAAAUAUCUUAUGUUUGGUUUUAAUAUUCUUUUCUGGAUCCUUGGCUUGAUGAUUGCUGCUAUUGGUAUAUAUGCUUGGAUUGAAAAAGAUACAUUUAAUAAUUUUGGUCGUUUAACAUUGGGUGGAACAUUAUUUGUUGAUCCAGCAUUAUUUUUUGUUCUUGUUGGAAUUUUAAUGUUCUUUAUUGGCUUUGCUGGUUGUGUUGGAUCAUUAAGAGAAAAUACUUGUUUAUUACUUUUUUUCAGUUUCGCUUUAGCAAUUAUCUUUUUUGCACAACUUGCUUUUGGUACAUUAAUAUUUAUUUAUCGAGAAAAGGUUAAAAAUGAAGGUGAAAAACAAUUAAUGAUUAUGAUUCAAAGUUAUCGUGAUGAUCUAGAUUUACAAAAUAUGAUUGAUUGGAUUCAACGUCAUUGGCUUCAUUGUUGUGGUAUAAAUAAUUAUCGAAAUUGGGAAAGUAAUAUUUAUUUUAAUUGUUCAUCAAAAAUUCUUGGAAGUAUCGAAGCAUGUGGUGUACCAGCUAGUUGUUGUCGUACAGAGUAUUUUCAUAAUAAUAAACAAUGUGGAUAUGGAACAUUAGAACCAUCAGCAACAACACAGAUGAUUUAUACAGAAGGAUGUUUACCAAAAGCAUUAAAAUGGUUUGAAAGACAUAUUUUAUCUGUAGCUAUUGUUAUUGUUAUUCUUGCUGUAUUACAAAUUCUUAGCAUUUGCUUUGCACAAAAUCUUCGUAAUGAUAUUCUAGUUCAAAAAGCUAAAUGGACAUGGCAUACACAUCCAUUGAUGAAUUAUCAUCGAUAUUAG